AUGUUUGCUCGUCGUAAUGGUUCCAGAUUAAAAUUGAAUGAAACAUAAAAAAACUUUGUAAUCAAGGUAAUUAUUUUCAUUCAUACUUUAAUAGAGAGCAUGCUCUACUAACAAAUCCUCUAUUUCUAGUCUAAAUACCAGUAAUUCUUCCAAAUUUUUUGUAAAAGAAAUUUCUUAUUUUAUUAGUAAUUUGAAGAUAAAACACAUCCAGAAGAUGGAAAACUAUUGGAUUUAUUAUCAGAAAAUGAAAAUUUAUAGAAAUCUUAAAUUUAUCAUCUCUAAAUGAGUUCUUUCCAAAUUCAUAAUGAUGAAUCUGUCUAAUAAAGAUGUAAAUAUCUAUUAUCUUAUAUUUAUUAUAGAUGCCUUAUCAGAUGAUGUAAAUAACCCUUAAUUAAGAAGAAAUAUCACUUAUAAUUGGCAUUAUCAUCAUGACCAUUAACAAUACCUAUGUUAAGAUACAGUUUCUUUUAGUUUCUCUAUUAAAAAACAUGGAAUCAAAGAAAUGUUGAGAGCCAAGAUGAUUGAUUGGAUGAUUGAAGUAUUUGGAAAUUAUCCUACUACUACAACAUCAUAGACAUACUUUCGAGCUGUUGGUCUACUAGAUGCUUUUCUCAAAAAAACUUCUAUGUAUUAUUAUGAUGGAGAUGUGCAUCUAAUGGGCAUCAGUUGUAUGUUCAUAGCAUCUAAACUUGAAGAUAUAUAUCAUAUUCCAUUAAAUGACAUUGUAACUAGAGUAGGACAUAAUAAAUUUAAUAGUCUUAAAGUUAAAAAUAUGGAAUAAACCAUUUUGGAGACCUUAUAAUUUAAUGUCUAUUUUCCAACUCCUUUAGAUUAUUUAUAAAAUCUAUUUUACAAAUGUUUCAGUCUAAAUGAUAAGUAAUAUCUCAAAAUUUAUCUUUAGUUAGACAUUAUAAAAUAUCUAUGAAACAUGUAUAUAUAUAUUAAAAAUGUGUCUGCAUGAUUUACAUAUGCUUAAUUUUACACCAAAUCUCUUAUCAGCAGCUAUUGUAGGUUAUGCAGUUAGAGAAUACAUUGAUACAAAAUAAGAAAAUAAAAAGGCUGACAAUUUAAAAUUAAAUAAAUAAUCAGUAAUAAUUUUAUAUUUAAUAAUUUUAGUAAGAUUCUAUUGUUAAAAUUGCCAAAAUAGACUUUAAUACAUAUAAUGAAUGUUAAAAAUAAAUUACAGAGUUGAUUAACACUUUUAAAUCCAAAUAUCCAGAUCUUAAUAAUUUAGAAAAGUUUUCUUGA